AUAUCGCGAGCAUACAWGUUAAAUAUGGCGGAUGUUGAAUAGUUGUAAAGCAUGUUUUGACACUUCUUUCGGCUUCUUCGUUUUCUUUGAAAAACGAAAUAUUUUUUAUCCUUUAUGUAGAAAGUUGAGAAUUCAUCGGUCUUGAAUGACAGCAAAUCUGGCACUCAUCAACGAUGUACAACUUCGAUUUUUGUGUGCAGACGAUGUCGAAGAGGUUAAACGGCURUGCAGAGAAUGGUUUCCAAUCGAGUAUCCUGAUACAUGGUACAACGAGAUAACAACAAAUCCCAGAUUCUUCUCUUUGGCAGCCACACAUGCCAAGGCGAUCAUUGGUCUUGUUGUCGCUGAAGUAAAGCCAAGAUUAAUGUGCAACAAAGAGGAUUCUGGGAUACUUGAAUAUACUUAUCAAGAUAACUACCAAGUUGCAUACAUUCUUAGUAUUGGAGUUGCUAAAGAAUACAGAAGGCAGAAAAUUGGUUCAUUGCUCUUGGAUAGCUUAAUCUCCAACUUGACYACUCCAGAACAACAAGACUGUAAAGCUAUAUACCUCCAUGUUCUAUCUUCCAAUAUGGCUGCCAUCAGGUUCUAUGAGACAAGAUGUUUUAGGAUGUUUAGCUAUCUGCCUAUGUAUUAYGCUAUCAAUGGAACACAGAGAGAUGGCUGUCUAUAUGUACUGUAUAUAAAUGGUGGUAAACCACCCUGGACCUUCUCAGAUGCAAUCAAAUAUGCUGGUUCAAAGCUGGUGAAUUUAAAACCCUGCAAGCUUCCAAUGUAUAUACUGAACUCUUUGUAUGGUUGGGUUUUAUGGUUUUCACCAGUGCAGAGUGUUAGAGACUCAUGUGUAAGAAUAAUGUAAAUGAUCUUCURCUUUAGUUGCUUUUACAAAAGGASCAUCAACARACMCUGACUACAGUCAUUUUCCUACUACCUUUGUUACAUUUGUACAUGCUUUUUAGGGAAUUUAUAUUUAAAAUAUACAAUAACUACAUUUUUUUCUGUGCAAAGAGCAUGUACAGUUACUGCUGUUUUAUUUGACAAUAGAUUMUUUUGCUCACCCCAGGACAUGUAAUCUGCAAUGUUCCUGGAUUCCAUUUCCAAGCUCCUUGAUUCUGUAUUCCAAGCUCCUAGAUUCCACAUUCCAUGACAAAUUUUGCAUGGAUUCUUUAUUUUACCAUAUUUGUCUCAGAAUGCAAAGCAUACUAUCAUUUUUGGCGUCAUUUUUGAAAUUAUGAGUUUGGAUUCCAGAUUCCUACUGUUUUGUCAGAUUUCUUUUCCAUAGCUGUSAGCUCUGGAUUCCAGUACCAGAUUGUUGGAUUCUGGAUUCCGGGUUAUGGGGCGAUUUUGUGUGAAGACGAAAAUACUGCUGUCAGUAGUAAAAAUUGAAAUUUUCUUGAACUGAAUAUAAUAAGUAGAUGACUAAAUGUUAGGCCAGAAUACAGCAUUAGUCUCAAUUUAGAGAAAAUGCAAAUCGUUAGCACAAUUCAUUAUUUACUUACACUCAUGCUAUUGCUGAAUUGCUACAAAUUACGGGCACAUAUGAAAUCUCAAUGUCUGUGUAUAUCUUAUUGUAAUGACAACAUUUUUUCAUGAUUUUUGUUAGAUUGAUAAUGUUUUUAACAGCAAAAACAGGUGUUACACCCAUCUUUUUCAACAUCUUUUUGAUGUUCGUACUGAAUCUGGACCAUAAUGCAAUGCACAAUGCUAUACCAAACAGAUAAACCUUUAAAUUGACUCAAAAUUUGUCCAAUACAAUUCAAAUAAGUUUUAUACAUUUUUUAUUUUAUUUUCUGGUGUGASAUCAGGACAGCAGUGCUUUCAGUCAAUAACAAUCAAGUAAUAAUUUUGAUUCUUAAUAUAGAGUGAAGUAAAAAAAAAAACCAGUGAAACCACACCGUAAUGCGCUCUGAUUGCAUGUUUUAAUUUGUGCCUAUUUGACUAUCAACCAAGUUUUGGUUUGGCUGCAAGCAGAUAGUCAAGUUUUGUUUCACGGGUUUAUGGUACUUCACUGAUAAAAACAAUAGACAAAAGGCUACCACAGCUAACAGACAAGUCCAUGUAAUGUCAAAGCAGCUUCACCUGGGGAUAAAACAAGAUGUUUGUUUCAAGRAAAUAUCAUUGUUUGCCCCCUAGAUGGAGCUGCCAAACCAUGGACUGUAAGGRGUUUAUAUCAUACAAAGCAAAAGUGUUGGAAAUGCUAGACACAAAAUUACAUCAUCACAAAUAGGGAUAUCUUAGAGGGAAGUGUUGCAUGAUGCAUAUUUUCAUUGAUUUUAAGACGUCAAACUUUUUUCAGGUUCCACAUAACGAGUUUUUUUUAAUAAAUUUUAUUUUGAAAUUCACUGUUUCAGCGUUCAAUGAAAAAUCACGUGUACAAAUUAUCAACAUCACUAUAAAAGUACAUAUUUGGAAUUCUAGUAAUAUAGACACAGGGAGCCCAAGGUCCUUGUGAUGUAGACAAGGUGUAAUUAGGCGAUAUGCAUUAUGACGUCAUUUACUACAAUUACCAGAAUGCUUUGCCAACUUUCUUUUGUAAUGUAAUUAGUGCCAAUUGUUUUAUUAAUCUCCAAGGGGAUUAAAAAUCUGAAUUACAAUGAAAAUGCGCAAGGCUCUCUGGUAGUUGUAGUAAAGUUACGUCAUAAUGCAAACGGCCUAACGUAAGAUUGUAGAUAAGGUGUAUUUGAGUACUUUUUGUAGAAAUCAUUAAUUAAACAAUAUUAUACUGCA